CUCCACCACACUAUCUCUCCCCUUUUUCUUUUCUUCAUAGGACGGCAAUUCCUUUUUUCCAAUUUUCUGCGAUCCACCGUUGCACCCACUACCAGUUUUCCGUCUAUUUUAGGUAAAAUGUCUUUGGAUCUUCCCCCCUCACAUCAUAAAUGCACCAAUCAUCUUUGCGCAAGAGGGUCGUCGCUGUCAUCGACUGGUAUAAGCUUUCAUGGAUCUUUACCUUGUUGCUUUUGCUCAAGAACGUAAGUUAUUCCUGUUGAUUCAAAAACCCUCAGUUCCCAUGUACUAAUUUAGUAAGUCAACUUCAAAUUUUCUACUUGGGGUUUUCAUCGAACACAUUGUAGACGCAUGCAAUCUUCUAUAUGUUUUGGCUGCUGUUGUAUUUUAGAGUGAAUUGCUCAUGAGCUGUUCAAUCUCAAGAGAGAUAUAGAGGCGAGUGUGAUGUUCCUCAGAUCAUCACCACAAAUCAACCCUUUCUGAUCAACGCCUUCAAUUUCCAUCAUCUAAAUCCGGUAUGAAUUUAGAUGAUUCCCAGAUUGUUAAUGAUAACUCCCAACAGCCAUCACCAAAUACUUCUUCCCAAGGGGAGAUUCAUUCCAAAAGUUGGAGUGCCAACUCAUUCCAAGAACUCAGCUUUGUCAAUCUGGGAUCAAAGAGACUAUCGCAUGGAUCUCGAGGAGGUGCUUCUGAUCCCGAAGGGUUUAGCAUGUCCCAUAGAGAGAUUAACGUUGAGGAUGCAAGGUUAGUCUAUGUAAACGAUGCCUUAAAGACAAACGAAAGGUUUGAAUUUGCUGGAAAUUCUAUCAGAACAGCCAAAUAUUCCGUUUUUAGCUUCUUACCUAGAAACCUAUUUGAGCAAUUCCAUAGAGUCGCCUACAUAUAUUUCCUUAUUAUCGCCAUUCUCAAUCAGCUUCCUCAGCUUGCUGUUUUUGGGCGAGGUGCCUCCAUCUUGCCAUUAUCAAUCGUACUGUUAGUUACAGCCAUUAAAGAUGCUUAUGAAGACUGGAGGCGACACAGAUCAGAUCGAAUAGAAAACAAUAGAAUGUCAUCUGUUUUGGUAAACGAUAGAUUUGAACAGAAAAAAUGUAAAGACAUUCAAGUAGGCGAGAUCAUUAAAUUUUCAGCAGAUGACACCAUUCCUUCUGACAUCGUUCUUCUUUCCACUAGUGAUCCAACUGGUGUCGCCUACAUCCAGACCAUAAAUCUAGAUGGCGAAUCAAAUCUAAAGACACGAUAUGCAAAACAAGAAACCCUUUCAAAAACCCCUGAAAAAGACAGGAUCAAUGGGGUAAUCAAGUGUGAGAAGCCCAAUAGAAACAUCUAUGGCUUCCAUGCAACAAUGGAGAUCUAUGGGAAGCAUCUUUCACUUGGCCCUUCAAACAUUGUUCUUCGUGGGUGUGUGUUAAAGAACACUAAUUGGGCUAUUGGAGUAGUUGUAUAUGCAGGAAGGGAGACAAAAGCCAUGCUCAAUAGCUCAGGAGCUCCUUCAAAAAGAAGCCGAUUGGAAACCCGUAUGAAUCGUGAGAUCAUCUUGUUGUCUAUCUUUCUUGUUGCUUUAUGCACAGCUGUCUCAAUCUGUGCUGGUGUUUGGUUGAUCCGAUAUGAAAAUGAUCUUGAAAUCUUACAGUUUUAUAGACAAAAAGACUACUCUGAACCACAAGUGAAGAACUACAACUAUUCUGGUUUAGGUGUGGAGGUGUUCUUCACUUUUCUAAUGUCAGUGAUUGUGUUCCAGAUUAUGAUACCUAUUUCACUGUAUAUUUCCAUGGAGCUUGUGCGUGUUGGUCAGGCUUAUUUCAUGAUCCGAGAUGAUAAGAUGUAUGAUGAAUCAUCAAACUCUAGGUUUCAAUGUCGAGCUUUGAAUAUAAAUGAGGAUUUAGGACAAAUAAAGUAUGUGUUCUCUGACAAAACGGGUACUUUAACUGAAAACAAGAUGGAAUUUAAACAUGCAAGCAUUUUCGGUGUAGAUUAUAGUGGGGAGAAAACAGAUUCUGAUGGAUACUUCAUUCAAGUAAACGGGCAGAUUUGGAGGCCAAAAAUGAAGGUAAAAGUGGACAUGAAGCUACUUGAGUUAUCAAAAAUUGGAAAUAAUGUAAAGGGUAGCAAUAGCAUUAGCAAACGGAUUCAUGAUUUCUUCCUUUCAUUGGCUGCUUGUAAUACAAUUGUCCCCAUUGUUGUUGACACAUCUGAUCCUACUGAAAAGUUGGUAGAUUAUCAAGGGGAAUCUCCAGAUGAACAAGCACUUGUUUAUGCUGCAGCUGCUUAUGGUUUUAUGCUUAUGGAACGAACCUCUGGCCACAUAGUUAUCGAUAUUCAAGGAGAAAGACAAAGAUUCAAUGUUCUUGGAAUGCACGAAUUCGAUAGUGACCGAAAGAGGAUGUCAGUGAUAUUAGGUUACCCUAAUGGAACUGUAAAAGUCAUUGUUAAGGGAGCAGACACUUCCAUGUUUACAAUCAUUGAUAAUUCGUUUAGCUUGGAUAUAACAAGAGCCACUGAAUCCCAUCUCCAGGCGUAUUCCUCAAUCGGAUUACGAACUCUGGUUGUUGGAAUUCGGGAACUCAGUGUUCCCGAAUUCCAACACUGGCAGUCUGCUUACGAGACUGCCAGUACUGCUGUAAAUGGUAGAGUGGCCUUGCUUAGAAAAGUUGCGGUUAAUUUAGAAAACAAUCUUGAGAUUGUUGGGGCGUCUGCAAUCGAAGAUCGAUUGCAGACAGGUGUCCCGGAAGCAAUCGAGUCUUUAAGGAAAGCAGAUAUAAAAGUUUGGGUUUUAACAGGCGAUAAACAAGAAACAGCUAUUUCGAUUGGAUACUCUUCUAGGCUUCUUACAAGUAACAUGAGCCAAAUAGUGAUUAAUUGUAACUCUAAAAUUUCAUGUGGGAAGAGUUUGGAAGAUGGAUUGAUUACAUGUAGGAAUUUUGUAGUGUCGGAUGAUUUGACUUCUGUUGCUUUGGUUAUUGAUGGAACCAGUCUUGUGUAUAUUCUUGAUACUGAGCUUGAAGAAAAGUUAUUCCAAUUAGCGAGUAAUUGUGCAGUGGUAGUAUGUUGUCGAGUGGCUCCAUUGCAAAAAGCUGGGAUUGUUGCAUUGAUAAAGAAUAGGACAGAUGACAUGACCCUUGCCAUUGGGGAUGGUGCUAAUGAUGUUUCAAUGAUCCAAAUGGCUGAUGUCGGAAUCGGAAUCAGUGGGCAAGAGGGGCGUCAAGCUGUAAUGGCAUCAGACUUUGCCAUGGGCCAAUUCCGGUUUCUAGUUCCUCUUUUGUUGGUUCAUGGACAUUGGAAUUACCAACGGAUGGGUUACAUGAUACUCUAUAAUUUUUACAGAAAUGCCGUUUUUGUCCUUGUUUUAUUCUGGUAUGUCCUUUUCACUGGCUUCACCCUAACAACAGCCAUAACCGAAUGGAGCAGUGUGUUAUAUUCAUUAUAUGGAGCAGGACAAAGGCACGAACGCUAUAAUGCACGAUUAUUUUGGCUCACAAUAGCGGAUACCUUUUGGCAAAGUAUAGUUGUGUUCUAUGUUCCUUUGUUUGCAUAUUGGAAAACUGACAUUGAUGGAUCGAGUGUUGGAGAUCUUUGGACACUUGCUGUUGUGUUUUUGGUGAAUAUUCAUUUGGCUAUGGAUGUUAUUAGGUGGAGUUGGGUUAGCCAUGUGUCGAUUUGGGGAUCCAUUUUUGUGACUUGUGUUUGUGUUAUCGCCAUUGAUGUGAUCCCUGUGUUGCCUGGAUACUGGGCAAUAUUUGAUCUUGCAAGCAAAGGAUCAUUUUGGAUUUGCUUACUUGGGAUUCAAAUAGCAGCAAUUGUUCCCCGUUUUGGUAUAAAAAUGUUUAUGCAACAUUGUAAUCCUUCAGACAUUCAAAUAGCAAGAGAAGCUGAAAAGUUUGGAAAUUUAAUAGAGUCAACAAAUCAAGAAAUAGAAAUGAACACAACACGAAGAUGACCUUUUAUUUCUUCGGUUUGGAGUUCUUUUUUUUUCACAUUCUUUAGGUUGCUAGAGAAAAAAAAAUUGUUCUCUUGGUUACCUGUGUAGCUCUUUCAAGGGUAGAAUAUGUAAUAUUUGUAGGUUUGUAUUAUUGUAGAUCAACAUUAUUUAUGACUGAAAAAUCGGGUAUGAAAUUAGUCAAUAUACUAAUAGAAAUGACAAACCUGACCUAGUUGUACAAGGUUUUUAUUAAGCAUAAGGAUUUAUGGAUGAUAGAGAUGGGUG